CCCGCGUGUUGUGCUUCUUUCGAGUACUUUGGAAAUAGGAAUCAACAAUUGGUUUUGUGCCCAUCUGAGGGACCACUUGGCUCGGCGACUGGGUAUCAUCCACUUGGAGGCGAAACAUCCAGGUUGUCCACUCAGCUUCAGCGGCCCGACACUGUUCGCCAGACCCUUGGUGCGCCGAUGCACUUCGGGUCCCACUGUCUAGUCCAAGCCUAGUUCGUUUGGCCGGCAUAUUAUUCCUACGAAAGGACCUCCCCCGUCCUCGCACCUACCGCUGUGCAAAGUUGAGAAGAUUUCUUUCUCAUAAUUCCACCAAAAUGUUGCGAACAGCACCCAUUCGCUCCCUCCACCGAGGGUCCCAGGCAUCUCGCGGCGUGAAGGUACCCCACCGAACCUUCCUAAGCCCUCGCCAGUCGUCGUCCCGCCCUCUGGAACGAUACAACAUCAACCGGCUCUCCCGUGCCCGAAGCGAGUAUGACCGCGACCGGACGUACUUCCUCGCGGCAGGCGCCAUAGCCGGUUUCAUCGGCAUUAUCUACACCGGAUCCAAGCUCUGGACCGCCAUCUCGCUCCAGAAGAAACAGAAGCAAAAACGGAGUCAAAGCGAAGCCGGCGAGGAGCCGCCGCGGGGUGUCGCGCAGCUCGACUCCGCCGGCGGCACCGGCCCUUUCGUCACCGAAGCGGGCACCAAGCGCAAGAUGGUCAUCCACGGCGAGGACGGCCAGGAGCUCGUCCCCACCGGCAACUCGACCGUGCCCGAAUUCCCUCGCCUUCUCGAACUCCAGGCUCCUCCGUCUUCUGAGCCCGCCGAAGCGGUGUCGGCCUCAGCCAAGACAGGCGGCAGCCUCUCCCCCGUGGCAUCGACCCUCCACGACGCCUCCGGCGUCGAGUACACCCUCGUCGGGCUAGGGCUGCGCUCCGUCUCGUUCCUGCACAUCAACGUCUACGUGGUGGGCUUCUACGUCGCGACCGCCGACAUCGCCGCCCUCCAGCGCCACCUCGUGUCCAAGGUGAACCCCAUAGCCACGACCCUCGUUCCCUCCGAGCGCGAUGCCCUGCGCGCAUCCCUCCUCGACCCGGCCGAAGGCGAGGCGACGUGGACCGAGCUCCUGCACGACCUCCGUUGCCGGAGCGCCAUCCGUAUCGUCCCCGUCCGCGACACCGAUUUCCACCAUCUCCGUGACGGCUUCGUCCGGGCCAUCCAGGCGAGGUCCACCGCCGGCAAGAACGCCUUUGGGGACGACUCCUUUGGCGAGGCCAUGCGCGCGUUCCGCGCCAUGUUCAACCGUGGAAAGGUCCCCAAGAAGAAGGAGAUGAUUCUUUGCAGGGACGCCAAGGGCGGAUUGGAGGUGCUGUAUGAGGACGGCUCCGGCAAGGGAAGACAGCUCCUCGGCCGGGUAGACGAUGAGCGGGUGUCGAGACUAUUAUGGCUCAACUACUUGGCGGGAAAAAAGGUCGCUUCAGAAGAGGCGAGGAAAAACAUUAUUGACGGGGUGAUGGAGUUUGUGGAGCGGCCGAUUGGAACCGUCGCGACACAGGUGGUGUAAGAUAGAGACGUGGGAGGAAAGAUGCCAGGCAUACGAUGUGAUAAUGUUCGUGAUCUUUACAUUAUGUACAAUACCUUAUACACAUACGAUCACACCUCGCUAUCUCGAGAACAGGACGGACACCACCUGAACAUGGCACAAUAGC